UCAUUUGUACGUUUCGGAACAGCAUGUAUGUUUCAAAUCAAAUAUCUUCGGAUUCGUCACAAAUGUAAGCUCAACUUCAAACAUGCAGCAACUUAAUUGAAAUUUAAAUUAUCCUAACUUGAGCCAUUCUCAAUGAAAGCUUGUUGUAAAAUAUUCUGAAAUAGUCAAAAUAGAAAAGAGAAUGACAGCAUUAAUUAUACCUAAUGGUAUUCUAAUAGAAACAGAAGCAGCCACUCAUAUUUUCGCGUCUUUGCUCUGUCGCGAUCAAGCUUAUGAUCAAAUGGUCAAAAUUUGGGAUCUCCGCAAAAAGGCUUCAUCUAUUACUCCUUCAAUAGCCAUACCAGCAGAGGCUUCUGCUCACGACGCCGAUGAUGAAGAAAAUCAUAACGAUAUGACCUCCGUAGUAUUGCCCGCAGCAGCCAAUGACAAUCAUGAUGAUUUGGCUCUCCCUAACGAUACUACUAUUUUGGCAGCUUCUUCUCCAGAUUCAGCCAUCAUGCUUAAUACCCCGCCUCUGUUGAUUACUGAUAAGGACUCGUUUGAGCAGCAUCAAAAAGAUCUAAUAGAACAACAAAGGCUGCAAAAGGCUGCUGCUUCUUUGGAGGAGGAAAUUGAAAACGAUAAAGAACAGGUGGGAAUAACAAAAGAAGCCGGCGUUGACACCUCGCAUUCUUCCCCUGGACAUGACACCACUCUGAAUGGGGCGGCUCGCGAAAAGGAUACAUUUCUUGCCACGAAACUGGAAGAGCAACAAAGACCUCGUGCUGCAUCUGAUUCUAAUACAACGCCUGCUGAUACUUCAGUGCUAACGAAGCCUAGAACAACCACAAACGGCACAUCGCGAUUGAAUCUCACAGCCAGUCCCGCUCUCGCAAUGAACAAUACACUAUCACAGGGAAAAAAACCAAUGAAAGUUGUCCCAUUGAAAAAGUCCCGUGUCUGUCCAUGCACCAUCAAUAAUGAACAAUACCAUCAUGUUGCACUCAACGAGAUCUAUACCGGAACCGUAGAAGCUAUGUUCAAACUCUUAUGUGAUAGUGAUUUCCUGCGCAAUUUUUUGGAACGUUACGAAGCUUUUGAAGAUGUUCAGGAUGGAGAAUGGCGACAUGGUCGUCGUGAAGUGACUGGAAAACGUCGAGUGAAAAGCGCAACCUCCGGCACCAAGAUUGUCAAGGUUUUAUUUCAAGAAAAGAAAGCCCAUCGAAAAUUCCCUUACUACUGUUGUAUAACAGCAACCAAAUCUAUGCCGGAUAUGCCUAUGGAUGCCAUCUAUUCCAUUCAAUCCAGGACGUGUAUCACCCGCGUACAUAGAGAUAAGGUGCAUGUUUUGCUAACGUUUCAAGUUGCUUUUACACAAAGCAAUUUCACGAGCUCCAUCAUUGAAAAAAAUGCUGCUGCUGACCAAUUUAGGCUCUAUAACCGACUCAAUGCUGUAUUGCACCGACCUGAUCUUAUUCAAGAACUUCUUGCCAAGGAUCCAAAUAGUGACUAUAUCCUUCACAGCUUGCAAAUACCUACAAAAGCAGAGGAGGAACAGAGAAUCAAUGCCAUUGAAAAACGCAAAUGGUCCUACAUCCUAUGUAUUGGUUUAAUCGCUAUUCUCUUAACCCACUCCAUGUUGGCUUUCAGAUUGAGACGUAUUGUUCGCCACAUAGAAGUUAUCAAAGCGCCGUCCCAGCAUCCUUAUCAAAAACCUAUUUCAGCGCCAGUAGAACACAAGCCAUCUUUCCAUGAUGAACACUCUCUUUUCGACGGAAAUAUAGAAGAAGUGCAAUGGGUCGAUUCGCAACUGAAGCAGAUAGAAAAACGAUUGAGUUUUUUACAAUCAGAAGCGAGCGCUUAUAAUGAACGUUUAAGAAGUUUGAAGCAAGAAUUUGACUAACACUUGACAUUUUAUAAAUACUUUUCAUUUUUGCCUCUUUGUAAUAUACUUGUAUUGAUAUCCCUCUUUUGAGCUUGUAAAUUGAAAAUCAUUUUAUAUACACACAACUUGUAAAUACACUACAUUUUAGUUGAAUAAAAACUAAUAUAUUAUACUUUUAUCGUCA